AUGGUCAACCAAGACUUCAGCUUGGAGGGAGAUUACUUAUUGGGUGGUCUUUUCCCUUUACAUGAAAUUGAACAGGAAACAACCCUGUUUUCAGCAGAGACCACCGAAUGUUUCAGGCACAUUUCCUCAAAAUCUGGAUAUCACAUGUUGCAAGUAAUGAGGUUUGCUGUUGAGGAGAUUAAUAACUCUACCACUCUUCUCCCCAAUGUUUCUCUGGGCUAUGAAAUUUUUGACCAUUGUUCUAAUACAAAAAAUUUCAAUUCAGCCUUAAGUUUCAUCUCAAAGAAUGGCUCAAUAAGACCUAAAGAAAAACUCAACAACUAUCAGCCUAAAGUGAUUGCUUUAACAGGGCCAUAUGGAAGCACAAGAACUAUGACUGUUGCACCACUGUUCACAAUGGACCUUAUACCAAUGGUGAAUUAUGGCGCUUCUACGUCUGUUUUAAGCAAUAAACUUCAGUAUCCUUCCUUUGUAAGAACAAUGCCUAGCAACAAAGACCUGAUAGAGAUGAUUAUUCACCUCAUACGGUGGUUUGGAUGGAACUGGGUCGCCUUUAUUGGUAGCCAAGAUGAUUAUAGUUCAGAUGAUGGACUAAAACUGUUUAACAAGUAUAUAAACAAUACUGGCAUUUGUUUGGCCUAUCAAGAGGGUCUUAGUCCAAAUGCAAACUACAGUCUAACACUUAAAAAGAUUGAUAAGCUAAACAUCAAUGUCAUUGUAGUUUUUGCUUUGCCACAAUACGCAAGCAAAUUCAUCAAAGCAGCCAUAGCUAACAACAUCCAAGACAAAGUAUGGAUUGCAAGCAAUGCAUGGGCUAUGAAUCAACAGCUUCCAAGAGAGCCAGGAAUUGCGAAAAUUGGCACAAUCAUUGGCAUUGCAGAGAAACUGUUGUCAUUGCCCGGAUUUAAUGAAUUUGUCUAUAAAGCCAGAGGAACAACUGAUGUUGGCCAUAAUGAUUCUGAGGGUGCAAUCAAGAGUAAGACAUGUAAUCAAGCUUGUGAUUACUGCACAUUGUUGACUGCAGAGGAGAUUAUAAAUGAAAAUCCCACACUCUCCUUUUCCAUCUAUGCUGUUGUUCACAGGAUUGUCAUCGCAGAGGAUCACAGGUUGUGUAUGGUAUCAUUGUCGUGGAGGAUCACAGAUGCUCCCUCUGGCAUCUCUACUGCCCUGAGUCUAGAGCGAUGUUCCUGGAGAACAUCAGACAGCCAGGGGACAGAGGAGGUGGUGCGUGCUGGUCUGGAUGAAAGGGGGCAAAAGUUGUCUAAGCAAGAUGUUAGAGUGGAGCAAAAAACGUUAGUAGCUGUGUUUGUGUCCAGUGCUGAAAACUAA